GUCCAUUUCAUUGUUUAAUCAGUAGGAGAAGUUGGUCACCCACACAGCCCAUCUCUUCAUUUGACUCUUCUUCCCAAAUUUCUCCUAUAUAAGGAACACACCCUUCUCUAUCUUUCUCCAACUUAUUUACUCAUAGUGUUGCUCAAAGAGGGAAAAAAAAAGACACACACACACACACUUUCCUCAUUCCACUAAUAUUAAUUUGUUGUAGCAAAACAUCAAAUUAAAUGGCACACAAAGGGAUUGAGAUGGGUCUAGUCCUAGUCCUGGUGACCAUGCUCUGGGCAGAAGCCACAGCACAGUCGUCGAGCUGUACAAACGUGAUCAUUAGCAUGUCCCCCUGCCUCAACUACAUUUCCGGGAACUCCUCCACGCCGUCUUCAGGAUGCUGCACGCAGCUUGCCAGCGUCGUUCGAUCACAACCUCAAUGUCUGUGUGAGGUACUGAAUGGUGGUGGCUCCUCCCUGGGCCUUAAUAUCAACCAAACUCAGGCCCUUGCCCUUCCCACUGCUUGCAAUGUCCAGACUCCUUCCAUCAGCCGCUGCAAUGCUGCUUCUCCAGCCAACUCUCCUGCAGGAACACCAGAAUCUCCCAGUUCAGGAACUGGAUCUAAAACGGUGCCGUCAACUACUGAAACUGGCUCCUCGGAUGGAAACUCAAUCAGCUUGACAAUUCCUCUGCACUUGCUCCUCCUUUUUGUUGCAACUUAUGCAUCGACCUUCACUAUGUGCUGAGUUAUAUUGUUUGUGUUUUAUGUAGUGAUUAUUAUCUUAUUUACUUUUUUGCUUGUCAAGUUUCUCCUUCUGGUUGAGUGGUUCUUGUAGUAUUUAUUCUUUGGUGACCUCUUAUGGGGUUGAUAUGAUUUUGUAUAAUUCAAGAGAGUUCUUGCUCUCUUCCCCUUUUAAUAAAAGAUUAUUCCUCCCUUGUGUUUCA